ACAGCCCUGCCACUGAGAGAGAGCAUAAUGACGUGGUGAACUCGGUUCUGUGUGAAAAAAAGAACAAUAAAUUGCCGACAAAUCUCUAGUGUAAUUAAAUUAGUUACCGCACAGGAAAGCACUUGGCCAGGAGCUCAUCCCUGCGAUUCCUGGAACAUUGGCAAUCUCAAUCUCGCCAUCCUCCGACACAAUCUAAUCUUAAGAACCCUACAACAGGGAGGAAGAAGAAGAAGCAGCAGAGGGCGACAACGACUGCGGGCGGUGCAGAAUAUGAAUUAGAGAAUAAUUAGCGAUUGGAGCGCCCUGUUUUGUGUUUUGUUAGCCCCUUUCCGGCAGCCCCGCACCCCCCCGUCCGCCCGGAGCAAAGCCAAUCCUCGGAAUCCGGAAUCGAUACACGUGUGCAGCAGCGUCAAAGUCAACAAUAAAAAAACUUAAAGGCCGGAGAUUAAUGAGAGGCUAGCGAAGCGACGACCAUGAUGAACGAGGACAGCAGCGCUGCCAGCGGCGGCGGCGUCAAGAAGUUCUUUCAGCGCCUCUCACAGACCUACCAAUCCACCUUGGACCGCAGCACACCGCACACACGGAUGCGCUGGGUCUUUGCCGGCUUCCUGCUCCUGCUCUUCGUGCUGCGCAUCUUCAUCCACCAGGGCUGGUACAUCGUCUGCUAUGCGCUGGGCAUCUACCACCUCAACCUGUUCAUCGCCUUUCUGACGCCCAAAAUCGAUCCCGAGUUCGAUCCCUACUCGCAGGAGGACGAGGACGAGGGACCCAAUCUGCCCACGCGCAGCAACGAGGAGUUCCGGCCCUUCAUCCGCCGCCUGCCGGAGUUCAAGUUCUGGCUGUCGGUGGCGAAAAGCACGCUGAUCGGUCUUAUUUGCACGUUCUUCGACUUCUUUAAUGUGCCCGUGUUCUGGCCCAUUCUGGUCAUGUACUUCAUCACGCUCUUCUGCAUCACGAUGAAGCGCCAGAUCAAGCAUAUGAUCAAGUACAAGUACUUGCCGUUUACGCGCAACAAGCCAAGGUAUCAGCGUGUGAACGACCUGGCGGGAUCGGGACCAGGAUCCGUGGCGUCGGCGGGUCAUGCGAAGUGACAA